AUGGACGAUCAAUUAAAGCAAGAGCAGUGGCAGCUAGUCACAACCCACAGACCACCACCACAGGCCAAAAGAUGCCGCCCAGGCGCCCGAGGAAAACCAAAGGCUCGGACCGGCUGCCUGACUUGCAAACAGCGACGAUACAAAUGCGACGAGGCACGACCGACCUGCGGAGGAUGCGUCAAGGGAAACUGGGAAUGCCAAUAUCCCACGGCCGAUGCGCAGGCGCGACGACGGGCGCCGAUGCCACCCAUCCCGGCCGCCGCGGCCACCACGACACAACCCAGGAUGCUGCCCCGGCUGAGCGAGCGGGACAUGCAGUCCUUUUCCUUCUUCAUAAUCGGCGUGGUUCCGGGCCUCGAAUCCGGGCUGUCGACGCACGGCAUCCGACCCAUCCUGAUCCAGACGGCCAUCGCGGAGCCGUGCGUGCUGCACGCGGCGCUGGCCUCGGGUCUCGCCACGCGCGACUCGUGCUGGCCGGGCGACGACCGGGCCGAGCGGGUGGCGCGGCUCGAGAGCAUACUGGGCCACUACAACCAGGCCAUCCGGGCCACGGCUGAGCUGAUGAGGGAGCACGGGAACCAGCGCGCCCUGGCCAAGAGCCGGCCGGACCGUCUGCUGGCGGCCAUGUGGGCCUGCCUUCUCAUGUCCGUCACCGACCACUCCUGCACGGGCCCGCUCGCCAUAGGCCAGCUGCCAGAGACCAACUGGGACAGGGCUCUGGUGCACAUGAGGGCGGUGUACGUCAUGCUUCAGGAGUGCUGGGCAUUAUCCCCUUACGUCGAGGGCGAGGGCCCUCCCGACAAGAACAGUCAGGUUCAGGACCACAUAGUAGAGGUGGCGUCUGCGGCAUCAAACUUUUUCCUGCAGAACAAGGUCUACGAGGACGAGGCGAACUCGCGUCAUCUGAGACGAGAGACGAGAGACGAGCCUGUACGGCUAGACGGUGUGUAGAUUUGUGUAUAGGAGGACCAAGCUGAGGCUGUUUGCGCUAGGAUGCAGAGCCAAGUAUGUGUCCCCACACGACGAGGAGAUCCUUUAGUAAAGCCCAACAGGAUUGUACCUAGCGAUUAUUGCUAUUCUAUGACUUGACCUAGACUUGCGGUCUAGAAUAGAUGUAGGUACUAGACUAGGUGAUUUGUUUUCUACUAUCCAUGACAUGGGCAAUAGCUUGGCUGGAUGAAUUUGUUUCCGUCUCUUAGCGAGGUUGGAAAAUAGAUCUAGUUUUCCCACCAAUCAUCCACCUCGAGGA